CAUUUUUAUACAAACAUUUAUUCGAUAAUGAAAUUCAAUUUACGACUGUCCCACACUGCAUUUAAUCUUUAUUCGUGUGCCAUUAUUUUGAUGCUAGACCAAAACAAAUUAUAAUUGAGUGUAUUUCGACCUUAAUAAAGAAAUCGAAUAUUGAAAUUAAUUUCUAACUGCAACUAAAUGUUUUCGAUAUUAUGCGAUAAUUAUUCAUACGCACUGUAUGCCCCCGUCAGUUCAGACAAUAAAACCUGCUGCAUUUAUAUUAUUGUAUCAGAAUGGAGAUGGACCUCAAGCACACAAACCACCUAUCUAUGAUCACGGCUGCUCCUGCAGCUCCAGUGGUGAUGCUUAACGCGAAUGCUAUGCCACUGAUGGGCCGUACGCCGCAGCUCAUCAAAUGCUCGAAUUGCCACAAUUUGAUGCAGACGCGAUUGGAGCGACGAGCGAACAAAAACACGCAUAUACUAGCCCUCCUUCUCUGUCUAACUGGGCUAUGGUGCUUUAUGCCACUACCCUACUGUCUAAAGAGUUGCCGCAGUUUGGAUCAUUAUUGCAGCUGCUGUAAUCAGUAUCUGGGAAAAGCCGUCAACUAAUUUUCCAACUGUGUCAUGUCAUUGCUAAGUGCUUAAAUUAAAACCAAAUCAUUAAGUUGGCAAUAAAAAACA